CUCCGCCCCGCCGGGCCGAGCCUGCCCGCUCCCUCCCCGCUCCCUCCCUCCCUCCCUCGGCCGGGCUGGCGCUGGGAGCGGCCGCGAUCGCACCAUGAGCACCCUCAAGGUCUACAGCACCUCGGUGACCGGCUCCCGGGAGAUCAAAUCCCAGCAGAGCGAAGUAACCCGAAUCCUUGACGGGAAGAACAUCAAGUACGAGCUGGUGGACAUCUCCCAGGACAACGCUCUGCGGGAGGAGAUGAGGGCGAAGGCAGGCAACCCCAAAGCCAUCCCGCCCCAGAUCGUCAACGGGGACCAGUACUGCGGGGAUUACGAGCUCUUUGUGGAAGCGGUGGAGCAAAACACUCUGCAGGAGUUCCUGAAGUUGGCCUGAGCCCUGCUUCCCCUCCCGUCCUGGACUCUACCUGCAUUCCUGAGCUCCCUCAUCUCCGACCACCUUCACCUCCAGGUUGUCAGCGCUGUCCUGGCACCACCACCUGUAUCCCAGCACAGGGAAAAACCCAUGACCAAAAUUCCUCAUUGCAGCUGCCUCCGACUCCCUCCCGCCUACCCCGGAAUCAUCUCGGAGGGAUCCAAAGAAAGCGUGAUGCUCGCUGCUUGGGCUGUGAGCAGAGCUGGGCCUGGCUCACGGCAGCUUCCAGUGCCUCUGUAAACAGCAAAGCCUCCGGGGCCGUGCGAGGUGAUCCUGGCCCUCAGCCCCCUGCCCUGCCUCGCCAGGGAAGGGCUCAGGGCUGCGUGGUACUUCCCACUUCUCCCAGUUGCUGUUAAAAUUGUAAAUUCUGCUGCCUCACUUCCUCUUUUUUUUUUUUAUAUCUUUCCCCCCCCCCCCUUCAUCUCAAUUGCAGAGAUUAUGGCAACUAAGUAAGGGUGGUUUUGUUUUGGUUUUUUUUUUUGUCUUAAUUUAAUGCAAAAAUACUGCACAGAAUUUGGGUCUGAGUGCCCAGCACGGUGGAGCUGGGGGCAAAGGCUGCCUGGGGAACGGGUGGGGCUGGAAGUGGGAUCUGUGCUGCUCUGGCCGCCCUCCACCCUGACCAGGCUCCCUGGUGAGCAUUAAUGGCUCAGGGCUGCCCCAGAACAGCUGAUGCUCCAGCUGUCCCAUCUUUCCUCUUUGUGUUGGCUUUUUUGCAAUCCUGGACCAAGUGCAUUUUGUUUUCCUGCCAAAAAGCAAGUUUAUAACCAGUGUUGUCUUCCGAGAUGCUAUUAAAUGUUACUGUACCUUUC